UUCCUGUACAAUUACCCGAGCGAAGGCUGUGUGGCGUGAUAGCUACUGCGAAUCCUCCUCUGCGUCUCGCUACUUCACACAUUCACACCGUUUCUCACACUCUUUCUGGUCAGUGUAGUGGUCAGCCAUGUGGACGAUACGAUGUUCCCAUCUCCUCCUCCACCUCCUCCUGAGCUUCACCUGUACACGAGCUGAAUCAGACCGUCUUUCCUCAGAGGUAAUUCUCAAAGGUGUCACACUUAACAUCAAACCUGCGAACACGGUGGAGCGGGGAUCUGAGCUGACACUGACCUGUGUCGCCAAUGUCAUCCAUUCUGGCAGCAUUUCAACAUUCGUUUUCAGCUUCUUUAAAGACUUCAACCAGCACAACACCGUAAACAUUUCAGAGACAACCAGUGACCAAGUGAAGUACAUCAUCUCUGAUGCUCGGGCCUCCCACACGGGCACGUACCAGUGUGAUGUGAGGGUGAACAACCAACACAAGGACAGUUCCACAGAGAAGAUUACUGUUAAAGGUAUGCAAACUCCAAGGCUGAGAGUGGAUAAAUUUGACGUGAAUGAAGGUGACAUGGUGAGGAUCACCUGUAGUGCGAAAGAAGAAUCCGGUUUGCUGCACUUCAUCAUUAAAGACGACUUUAAAGAAAUCUACCAAGAAGAAACCACCAGUGGUGAGGUGCAGAAGAAUCACUCCCUCAAGUCUGUAGGGAUGGCCAAUAUCUCCUGCUCAUAUUUAAUUAAAGUAGGAAGCACAACUAUUUCUUCAAAUGACAGCAACGUGGUCAGUGUGGUUGUGAAAGGACUGGACAUCAUGCCAACUAUCACAGUCCUCCCGUCCACGGAAGUUAUCGAGGGAGACCCUGUGCACAUCACAUGUGGUGUGAAAGGAACAUCCCAUAAAUCAACUUUGCUCCUGCUAUCGAAAGGAUCGUAUAUCCUCCAGACCGGAAAAACCCCUGAAUUCACAGCUGCUGUCCUGGCAAACAAUUCCGGGACAUACGAGUGCAGUGUCCUGCUGAACAACAUAGAUAAAACUGUUAAAGCAAAUCUUACUGUCAAAGAGCUCUUUUCCACACCGGUGCUGACCAUCACGCCGACUGAGGUGUUCGAGAGGCAGCAGUUUAAUGUCACCUGCACAAGCUCUGAAUUUGCAUCAGAGAGAAUCGGACGUCAUGAUGUGAAGUACUCUAUCUACAGAAACAACCAGAGACUUAACUCAUCCGAUGGCGCAUACAGAACCACGGCACACACUAAGACCAAUGGAAAUUACACGUGUACUGCUCAAGUGAAUGACACCAUCAAAUGGAGCAAUUCCACGUUCUUCAAAGCAAAAGUUCUCGUCUCCAAACCCACCAUCACUGUGCUUGGUGAGGUGGUCCUGGGUCGAUCAUUUCAGAUCGAGUGUUACUCAGACACCGGGAGUUUCCCCAUCACUUACUCACUGAAGCGGAACUACACAAAACCAAACUACAUCGUCGUAUCAAGGGCAUUUCAGAAAGCCAUCUUCAACGCCAGCAUAAUGUCUGAAAAAGAAAUCCACGAGUUCAGAUGUGAGGCACAGAACAACGGCAUCAAUCCAGCUCUGACAAGCAAUGCUCCUCAUGCUACAGUAACAGUUCCUGUAGGGAAGCCGACCCUGAUGACCAUCCCCAGGGGUGAUGCCAUCACUGAAAAUGAGUACGUUGAAUUCCUGUGCUUUGUUACGGAAGGAACUCCACCCAUCAGCUUUAAAUGGUACCAAGGCGAGAACCGCCGUCCUGUGCACACCAUUACAGUGAUGAAAAACCACUCCACGUACAAUGUUCCCAUGGUGAAGAGCGUCCACAGUGGCAGGUAUUACUGCGAAGCCAUAAACGGAGCGGGAAUAGAGAAAGCAAGCAAAGACAUCACGGUCACAGUGAGGAUAGCCAGGUGGAAGCAAGUCCUGAUCUCUGGCGUGUGUCUGCUGUGUUUGACCGGGCUCGUAAUCGCCUUCGUGAUACGCUACAGGGCUAACCGAGACGGAGCUCCGCACUUUCACACCAAGUGGAUGAGAACGACCGACGCAACGCAAGAUAAUCCGACGUCACUUCCGGUUGGGCCAAAUAACGGGAUCACCAUUUACAGAAAAUAGGUAGAAGGUGGAAAUUACAUAACAAAGGAAGAGGAACAUGAGCUACACUACAUUUUUAAAGCGAGUGAACCCUGAUUAUGGAUGACCCUUUGGCUUUCUCUCAGCUACGUGUUUUAAAGAAGUAUUUUUCCCUCAUCAUUUUAUCCCUCAUGAUAUUUUUCUAGCUUUCCACCACUUACUUCUUCAUACAGUUUACAAAAAUCCAAACAUGGAACUAAAAAAAAAAAAAAAAAACCAGUAUGACACACGUUCAAAUAGACAUUUAUAGAUAAUUUAUGCUAAUUCACGUUCUCCCUUCAUUCUUCCAUACUGCACUUACACACUUUUUGUUUACGUAUUUGUUCAUCUUUCUUGUAAAGUAGUUUUUUUGUGGUCUUCUGUUUGUAAUUCAUUGUCAUCAACACAUAUGUGUAUAAAAUACCAUAAAACUAUCAUAAAAAGAUCACACUAAUAUAAAUAAAUAAUGCCUUAUUGUGGAAAUUUGGUCAUCCCUUCCUGGAUUACUUCAUAUGUUAGUGUUUUUCAUUAAAUGUCAAACCCAUAAAACAUUUUAAUAAGUAUUUAUAGUAAAUAUUUAUCCUUCUUAUUUAUCCUUCUAGUCUAUUUACUUUUAAUACUGUUAAUUGUGGUGUUUCAGUAUCACUUUUUCAGAAUUUUUUCACAAAAACAUAUGAUAAUUAUAUGCUUUGCGUUUAAAUACUCUAAACCAAACUGAUCAAAGUGUGGUUGCUAAAAAGUCCAGGGUGCCAAUAAGUUAGCUCAUGACUCAUAACUCGGACAGAGCUUAUUUUGGUCCUAAUGUUAGUAAGUGAAUUCCACAGGUGGAGGAAAUGCACUAAUUGCUGUUAAGUGAAGGCGGUGCAGUGCAAACAGCCACUUCCUGUUUAGGCUUCUCUUAAUCUCUAGACCUGUGCUGCACUGUACACUCAGAUCUAAUGCAACAUUCCAGUUAUUACUCUCGAAAUCUGUGCUAUAAUUCUAGAACCCCAUGAUUUUAACUCAUUAGUCUAGAACUCUAUAGUGUUUGCCUAGAGUUUCACAAUUAGGGUUACUUCAGAAUUUUACAAUUUGUCUUUCUAAAUCUCUACUAUUGUAGAUCUCCAUUAUUUAGCUUGUUACCCUAGAACCUUUUUGUGUUUUUAGCCUAAUCUAGUUUUGAGUCUGGAAGUCUAGAAAUUAUUAUUCUAGAAUUCUGAGUUGUCCUUCAAGAAUUUCAUGUUUGUUUGUGGUUUUUUGUUCGUUUGUUAUUUGUUAUUAUCUGUUGUUGUUGUUAUUAAAGAACCCAAUCAUUCACAUGGAUAUUCGAGAACUCUAUUUAUAGUUUAAAAAUGUAAGAAGUUCAGUUGUUUUUCUAUAAUUCUGCAUUUUUUCAGAAUUGGUUUUUGUAAAUCAAAAAAUCUUCUUUAUUCAAGAACUGUGGUUUUGUUCUAUUUGAUUUCUAUUAUGCAAGUCAGUAUUUGAGUGUCCAUAAUUGACAAUUAACAAAACAAGUUUUAAAAAACAAGCAUCUAUUUGAUAUGCUAGAUUUCUGUGUUUACUCUAGAGCUGUGUGUUGAUAUUCUAAAUGUUCUUUAUUUUCUAUUAUAACAUUCUCUACUGUUUUUCUAGAACUCAUCAAGUGAAGUUAUUCUAAAAUUGUGUUAUUCCAAAACUCUCAUUUGUUAUACCAUGAUUCCAGAGUUUGAGAAUUGUCACUGAGAUUUUGUGUGGUAAAUUUCAAUUUGUGUGAUCUAAGUUAUUAGAAAAUUAUCUAUUGUUAUUCUAGAACGAAAUACUUCAAGUUUAUAUUCCACAAUCCUGUCUUGUUUUUCUUAGAAGUCUGUGAUUUUAAUUUCUUUUCUAGCUCCCUGUGUUAUUCUAGAAACUCAAACAUACAGUAAUUUGAUUUGUUACUCUAGAACUCUGCAAUGCUUUUCUAGACAUCCGUAAUCUGAGGUGUUUGAUUUGUUAUUACAGAUGGAUAGAGUCAGGACUUUACUGAGAAUCUAAAACUCUAGUUUUAUUGGAGCCUGAAAUACCAAUAAUCUAGAAUUCCAAUUUAUUGAUGUACAAAAUUUCCUGACAGUCUAGAGUUGUGUACGAGUGGAGGCAUAUUUUAAGUGUGACUCUAGAACCCAGGUUUUUUUUAACUGAAAUAAACUCUGUCUAGAACUCA